GUGAGCCACAGACUUUUGACCUGAAAUUCAAGCGUGCUGAGGAUUACCCCAUCGACUUGUAUUACCUUAUGGACCUCUCGUUCUCCAUGAAAGAUGAUUUGGAAAAUGUGAAGAACCUUGGCACUGACCUCAUGAGGGAAAUGCGGGAGAUCACGUCAGACUUCAGGAUAGGUUUUGGCUCCUUUGUGGAGAAAACGGUCAUGCCUUACAUCAGCACCACACCCGCCAGGCUAAUCAACCCCUGUUCCAACAACGAGAACUGUACAAGCCCCUUCAGCUACAAGAACGUCCUGAAGCUCACCAGCAACGGAGACAGGUUUAACCAGCUGGUCAGUCAGCAGCAGAUCUCAGGAAACCUGGACUCUCCAGAGGGGGGGUUUGAUGCCAUCAUGCAGGUGGCAGUCUGUGAGGAGCAAAUUGGCUGGAGGAACGUGACUCGUCUGCUGGUGUUUUCCACUGAUGCUGGUUUCCACUUCGCUGGAGACGGCAAGCUGGGCGGCAUUGUCCUCCCCAACGAUGGGAAGUGUCACCUGGAAAACAACGUGUACAGUAUGAGCCACUACUACGAUUAUCCCUCUAUUGCUCACCUGGUCCAGAAGUUGAGCGAUCACAACAUUCAGACCAUCUUUGCUGUAACUGAGGAAUUUCAGCCUGUUUACCAGUGCAGAUGUAACGAAGGACGUAUUGGGCGCGAAUGUGAGUGCAGCAAAGACGAAGUCCGGUCAGACGACCUGGAUGCUAACUGCAGAAAACCCAACAGUACAGAUAUCUGUAGCAACAAUGGCGAGUGUCUCUGUGGCACCUGCGAAUGUAAGAAGCGGGAGAAUCCUGCAGAAGUCUACAGUGGCAAGUACUGCGAGUGCGACAACUUCAACUGCGACCGCUCUGGCAACUUGCUCUGCGGAGGACACGGACGCUGCGAAUGCAGGAAGUGCAUCUGUGACACCAACUACACAGGCAAUGCCUGCGAAUGUUCCCUGGAUGAAUCCACCUGCCUUGCCAAGAACGGGCAGCUCUGUAAUGGCCGCGGUAAAUGCGAGUGUGGAAUCUGCAAAUGCGAAGACCCCAAAUUCCAGGGUCCGACAUGCGAGGUCUGUCCGACCUGCCCCGGCGUCUGCACUGAGCACAAGUGAGUGUGAAGCGUUCAUCUUCGGUCGGAGAAACAACAUAUAGAAAUCUAAAAAUGUAAAGUCUGUUUUAACAUGGAAGCUUAGACGUUGUAUGCCAA